AUGGGUUACACGGCUGAGGCAUUGGCCAAAAAGAACGGACGUUAUGAAUGCUCAAGGUUGCUGAAACGAGAAAGGAUCCAUAUGCUGCAACGAAUGCAUCGUCAACUUGCGUUGAUACAUUUGAGCGCUUCACUGAAAGGAUGGAAAAACUAUGGAACUCUUUAUAAGGUUUUC